AUGUAUCGUUCUUCUAUAUCGGCGGCCUUUGCUUCUAUCUCUCUUCUCAUUACCUUCUCAGUAAAUUCCCCCUAAACUCACUCCCCCCCUUUUCUAGCCCUAAGUAUCUGUAAUCUGUAAUAAUAAUAAUCUUCACAAAUUCAUUCUCUUUGUUUUCUUAAUUCAACUCUUUCUCUACUCAUUUAUUCGAUUCUACUUCUUGAUUAAGCUCAGAUCGUGUGCUUGUAUGUUUCUAUCUUCAUGGCGGAUAGCCGGCGCUACGGUCUUGCUGCUCAAUUAGAUAUUGAGCAGAUACUCUCAGAAGCUCAGAAUCGAUGGUUACGCCCAGCUGAAAUAUGUGAAAUUCUUCGAAACUAUAACAAGUUCCGUAUUGCUCCUGAGCCAGCACAUAAGCCUCCAAAUGGUUCGCUUUUUCUAUUUGACCGUAAAGUGUUGAGGUACUUUAGAAAAGAUGGCCAUAAUUGGAGGAAGAAAAAAGAUGGGAAGACGGUUAAGGAAGCUCAUGAAAGACUCAAGGCUGGAAGCGUUGAUGUUUUGCAUUGUUACUAUGCUCAUGGAGAAGAUAAUGAAAAUUUUCAGAGGCGCAGCUACUGGUUGCUUGAAGAGGAGCUCUCCAACAUUGUUCUUGUCCACUACCUGGAAGUAAAGGGAAACAGGACACACUACAAUCGUGCUAAGGGAGCUGAGGGAUCAAUUCCCCAUGCUCUAAAAGAAGAAAGUAUGCCAAACUCUGAUGCUGACAGCUCUCUGUCUUCAAAGUUCCAGCAAUAUGGUUACAAUGUGCCCUCACAAACUACGGACACAACCAGCCUGAACAGCACUCAAGCUUCAGAUUAUGCAGAUGCUGAGUCAGCAUACAGUCGCCGAUCAAGUUCUGGACUCCAGUCAUUUCAUGAGUUACAACACUCUGAGGCAGAAAAUAUGGAUGAUGCACACUCUGUUCCUUAUUAUCCAGAUUUUUCAAAUGAUUACCAAGGGAAAUUUCAAGCUAUUCCAGAGAUGGAUUUUGUCUCACUUGCUCAGGCAGAUAAAAUAAAUGACAAUAUUGGAGCUCAAUUAACAUAUAAUCCCCAGGCAUUCCUUGACUUCCCUCCUUGGGAGAAUGACUUUGGAAAAAGUACUGCCCAUGUGCCCUUUCAACCCUCCCAUUCUUCGAGCCAGUCUACCAUCAAUAUAAUUCCCGGGCAGGGGAAUGAGAUUCUAGUUCAAGUUUCUGGAGAUGCUUCUGAUAAAACUCCAGAGUUUGGAAACCAUUCACAUACCCAAGGAGAGUGGCAGUUACCCAAAUGUUCUACGGACCAAAAGUUGCAAUUACCCUCAAAUUAUGAUCAGAAUUCUGGGCUUUACGAAGGGCAAGUUGGUUCCUUCAAUUUAUUUAAUUCAUUGGAGUCUCAACAUCUUGAUGUGCAGAAUGGACAGCUUGCAGUUGCAGAACUAGGAAACUCCAUGAAAACAGGGUGGGACAAUAGUUCCACUGUGGAUGGAAAAACCAAUUACUCAGCUUUGAAGCCGCCAUUUCUAGGAGGGAUUAUGAAGGAUGGCCUAAAGAAACUAGAUAGCUUUGAUCGGUGGAUGACUAAGGAACUUGGAGAUGUAAAUGAGCCACAAAUUCAAUCCAGCUCUGGGACCUACUGGGAGGCAGUUGGAAGCGAAGUUGGAGUUGUUAAUUCCAACAUUUCCUCUCAAGUGGAGUUAGACCCCUAUAUAAUGAGCCCCUCUCUUUCCCAGGACCAGCUUUUUAGCAUUGUUGACUUCUCACCAAACUGCGCUUAUUCUGGGACAGAAGUCAAGGUGCUCAUCACCGGAAAGUUCUUAAAAAGUCAUCAGGACAACGUGAACUGUAAAUGGGCAUGCAUGUUUGGGGAAAUUGAAGUGCCUGCUGAGGUUGUAGCAGAUGGUGUUCUUCGUUGCCACACACCCAAUCAUGAGGCUGGAAGAGUUCCUUUCUAUGUAACAUGUGCCAAUAGGCUGGCAUGCAGUGAAAUACGAGAAUUUGAAUUUCAGGUUUAUAAUAUAAGGGAUGUGGAUGUCACUACUACUGGUAGCGAUGACUCAAGUGAAGCUCUUCUUAAAAUGCGAUUUGGAAAACUGCUAUCUGGGGGAUCGGCUAGCUCUUAUAAUUCAGUACCGGAUGAUAACCUGGACAUGAUCAAUAAACUGAGCUCAUUAAUUAAGGAUGAUAACGAGUGGGAACAAAUAUUCAUGCUUACUAAUGCGGAAGAAUUCUCCACCGAGACGGUAUCAGAUCAAUUUCUACAGAAACUACUGAAGGACAAAUUGCAUGCAUGGCUCCUUCAGAAAGUAGCUGAGGGUGGAAAAGGCCCCAGUGUAGUGGAUGAGGGUGGUCAAGGUGUGCUUCACUUUGCAGCUGCUCUUGGUUAUGAUUGGGCUAUACCGCCCACUGUAGCAGCAGGUGUUAGUAUCAAUUUCCGAGAUGUGAACGGUUGGACUGCACUUCACUGGGCAGCAUCUUAUGGCAGGGAGCGGACAGUGGGUUUCCUCAUCUCUCAAGGGGCAGGUCCUGGGCUGUUGACUGAUCCUACACCCAAAUACCCGAGAGGCAGGACUCCAGCAGACCUUGCUUCGGAUAAUGGACACAAAGGAAUUGCAGGUUAUGUUGCUGAACUUGCAUUGAGAUCCCAUCUCGAAUCACUACACUUGAAGGAUCCAAAUGGUGUUGCUCGAGAUAUUCCUGGUCUAAAGGCUGCACAGGAAAUUGCAGAGAGGACCUCUACUCCGACCAGUGAUGGGGACUUUCAGCAAGGGCAGUCAAUGAAGGAUUCAUUAGCUGCUGUCUGUAAUGCUACUCAAGCUGCUGCUCGCAUUCACCAAGUCUACAGGAUAGAGUCAUUCCAUAAGAAGCAGCUAAAAGAAUAUGAUGCAAGUCAGUUUGGUAUGUCGGAUGAGCAUGCUCUUUCACUUCUUGCUGUCAAGACAAACAGGGCAGGACGUCAUGAUGAGCCGGUGCAUGCCGCUGCUACGCGAAUACAGAAUAAGUUCCGUAGUUACAAAGGCAGAAAGGACUUCUUGGUAUUACGCCAGCGAGUUGUUAAAAUACAGGCUCAUGUGAGAGGACACCAGGUGAGGAAGAAUUAUAAAAAGAUUAUCUGGUCUGUGGGAAUACUGGACAAGGUAAUUUUGCGCUGGAGAAGGAAAGGAAGAGGUUUAAGUAGUUUCAAGACAGAGGCACAUACUGAAAACUCCACCAUGCCAGGGACAUCUUCAAAAGAAGAUGACUAUGAUUUCUUGAAGGAAGGAAGAAAACAAACAGAGGAGAGGUUGCAAAAGGCUCUUGCUAGAGUGAAGUCCAUGGUUCAGUAUCCUGAGGCUAGAGAUCAGUAUCAUAGGCUGCUGAAUGUUGUUUCAGAUAUUCAAGAAGCAAAGGCCAUAAGUGAACGGGCAAUGAACAUUUCAGAGGUAGCCACAGUAGAAGCAGAAUAUUUUGAUGAUGAUCUAGUCGAUCUUGAAGCAUUAUUGGGUGAUGACUCAUUCAUGUCGACAGAAGCCUGACUUAGUUGCAUUUCUUGUAAAAUAUUGAUCCCUGCCCAGCUCAAGGAGUGACUAGUAUGUAUGACAAUAUAUGUUAGGUUAUAAUUGGAAUCCAUCUGUAAAUUUCAAAUACCUGGAUUAAAUUUGUAGGAAUAAUUUAUAAGAGAUGAUGGUGGGAUUGUAAAAUCUAUGCAGAUUGUGAGCAUUUGUAUUUUGGUC